AUGCCAGCUCCCACAGCGCGCCUGAACGGGCCAGAAGAAAACGAGCUCGUCCCCGCUCAGCAGCCAGUCCAGAAUGAGGAUGAUAUUUUAAUAGACACCAGUGCCGCACAGCCGGAAGAGCCAUCGGUACCACUACCGCAGGGCCAGGAGGAUAGUGAAAUGGCAAUCGACGAGGAAGGACGACUCCGCUUCACGCCCAUCAAGACGUCCGGCGACGCAUAUCGAGUUGAAACCCGCAAAGUACCGAUCCCGCCUCACCGCAUGACGCCGCUCAAGGCCGAAUGGCCAAAGAUAUAUCCGCCGCUCGUCGAGCACUUGAAACUCCAAGUACGCAUGAACAUGAAGAACCGAGCAGUGGAGCUGCGCACCUCAAAGCACACGACAGACACUGGCGCCCUACAAAAGGGUGAAGACUUUGUCAAGGCGUUUACCCUUGGCUUCGACGUGGAUGACGCUAUUGCCUUACUUCGACUAGACGAUCUUUAUAUCGAAACAUUUGAGAUUAAAGAUGUCAAGACGCUAAAUGGAGAGCAUCUGGGACGAGCUAUUGGUCGAAUAGCUGGGAAAGAUGGGAAGACGAAGUUCGCUAUCGAGAAUGCCAGCAGGACUAGGGUUGUACUCGCAGAUCAAAAGAUACAUAUUUUGGGUGGAUUCCGGAAUAUUCACGUUGCUAGAGAAGCCAUUGUUAGUUUGAUUCUGGGAAGCCCUCCGGGCAAGGUAUAUGGUAAUUUGCGUACUGUUGCGUCACGAAUGAAGGAACGAUUUUAA